AGACCUGCUGACGGAGAAUGUUGAUUCAUAGGUUCGAUGUUACACGAAGAGGUUCGAAAGACUCAUUAGUGGCUGAAGUUUCUAUAUAAUAAUAAAAAGAAAAAAAUAUGUACAUAUUUUUGUACAUAAAAAUAAAAAUUAUGAAUACCAAAUCAUCCAUUGCUGGAGCUCCGAGAAAUACUAAAUCGCAAGCAUGUGUAGCGUUGUAUCCCUGCAUUCGAAGAUCAGGACCGUCCAUCAUAUGAAAUCAACGGCCAGGAACGGCUCUAGACUUCCUUCCGGUUCGCAAGAAGUGGCGUGUCACGAGAAAUGGGCAAUUGGGUAAUUAAGGAGUUCAUUUAAUCACCUAUUUAAUGCAAACUGAUACCUUACUUUAUACGAUAUAAUACAAGAAGAAAUAUCCUCUGGACCAAAAUGUACACCUCAACAUAUCACGUUUAUGGGAAUUCGCAAAGGGCACUUUCGUCAGUCCAUGUCCACAUUUUCUGACGCACCAAAAGCAACCAAGGCCCAUUCUCCCUCCCCCGCCCAUUUCCGCCCUGCUACGGCACGUGAUGUGACCCCUCGAGCACCCCCCACCCUCUCUCUCUCUCUCUCUCUCUCUCUCUGUGAGCUGCUGGCGGAAGUUCAUGAUGAUUAGGUGUUUUUUAUAACACCUACACCCAACCAGACCCACUUGUUGAUCGAUUAUUAUUGAAAACAACAAAAGCAAAUUGCGAGUAGCGUUCAUCAAAGCUAUCAUUUUGAUUUUUUAUCUGUGUUUGAAGUUUUGGUUAUUUCUGAAGGAAAAAGGAAGUGCCAACUGCCAACGAACCCCCAGCUCUGCUCCAAUGGUUCGACUUCAAUCUCUGUUUCGUGGUCUCCACUUCACGUCGAACCAGCAACGAAAGCCCCACCCUACCCGCCUCUUCACCUGCUGACGAUUCUUCUCCUUUGCGUCUUCUUUAAUGGUGGAGCUCAAGAGAUCCCCCAAGAGCAGGGGGUUCUAUGUCAGGAUGAAGCUCCUUCACAGACAUGGCAGGCACGAGAACACUAAAAUCUUUUUAUUUCACAAGUAUUUCAGAUGGAUCCUUUGGAUUUCUCUCUCCCUCUACUUCUUCAGCUCCUACCUCAUCAGCCACAACCCGCACCAGAAGCUCAAAGCCACCGUCGUCUCCGAUCAUUCCACAACCAGUGCUCUCGCCUCCCGCGCCCUCUUCGAAUCCCCUAACACCUCAACUCUUCUUCAGCAACACAAACAAGGGUUAUUGAAGGAUUUGAAGAUUUAUGUCUACGAUUUGCCGUCGGAAUACAACCGUGACUGGUUAUCCAACGAGAGGUGUAGCAACCACUUGUUCGCCUCUGAGGUCGCCAUUCACAGAGCUCUGCUGAACAGCCAUGUACGGACGUUCGACCCUUGGCAAGCCGAUUUCUUCUUCGUGCCGGUCUAUGUGUCCUGCAACUUCAGCACCGUUAAUGGGUUCCCCGCUAUCGGCCACGCGCGUCCUCUUCUUGCGACGGCGGUGCGGCGCUUCUCCGGCGAAAUGCCCUUCUGGAAUCGCAGCCACGGCUCUGACCACGUCUUUGUCGCUUCUCACGACUAUGGAGCCUGCUUCCACGCCAUGGAAGACGCAGCGGUGGCAGAUGGAAUUCCUGAGUUCCUGAAAAACUCGAUCAUAUUGCAAACUUUCGGAGUCGAAUAUGAACACCCUUGUCAAGAAGUGGAGAAUGUGCUAAUUCCCCCUUACGUCUCGCCAGAAAGCGUAGGGUCAACUCUCCGGGCGGCACCAGCGGACGGCCGGCGAGACAUUCCGGUUUUCUUCCGGGGCAAAAUGGAGGUUCAUCCCAAGAACAUCAGCGGACGCUUCUACAGCAAGCGCGUACGGACGGCCAUUUGGGAGACGUUCAAUCGUGACCGGAGGUUUUACCUGAGGCGGCACAGGUUCGCCGGUUACCAGUCAGAGAUCGUACGGUCGGUGUUCUGUUUGUGCCCGCUGGGGUGGGCCCCGUGGAGCCCGAGACUGGUGGAGUCCGUGGCACUGGGCUGCGUGCCGGUGAUCAUCGCGGACGGCAUCCGGCUGCCCUUUCCCGCGGCGGUGCGGUGGCCGGAGAUAUCGCUCAGGGUGGCGGAGAGGGACGUGGGAAAGCUGGGAAAGAUUCUGGACCACGUGGCGGCGACCAAUUUGUCAAGGAUUCAGCAGAGCCUGUGGGACCCGGCGACCAGGCGGGCCCUAUUGUUCAACGAGGUGAUGCAAGAAGGGGACGCCACGUGGCAGGUUCUAUAUGCCCUGUCGCAGAAGGUGAUAAAGUCGUACAGGAAAUCAAGGGUUUCCAGCGAAUGACGAUGUGACACGUGAAAUGUGUCGAUUGGGUUACUGCGAUGCCAGCUGAGCAGUUUACUUUUCCCAACGUGGACGCUAGCGAAUGCAUGGAGAGUAAUAGUGGAGGACAGCUGGGAUUUUUUCGGGGGAGCUGUUAAGAACGUGACAAGUUGAAAUGCGGGCCCAUGUGGGGUGAUGGGGCCCAGAACUGCAGAGAAGUGUACAGUAGGCAUGUGAGGGAGGGUUGACUAUUCCCGUGGCGCGCAGCGAUAUCCUCCAAGAUGCGAUUGGUUCGUAGUGCGGUUCCCUUUUUUUUGUGGCAGGACCUUGAGCUGGGGGGAUGCCGGAAAAUAUAAUAAAUAUUGAAUAUAUAUAUAUAUAUAUAUAUAUAUAUAUAUCUGUACAAAUUUAUUGAUAUUUUUUUAAUUGCAUACAUAGUUUUGGGAAAAAGAAUAAAGAAUAUUUGGGGAAUAACAAACAUCUUAUUUUGGUA